AUGGACAGCUCGGGGCCUGUUCUGUGCAGUUUGCAGCAGUGGUUCUACUCUCUGAACCUCGUCCCUGGCCGAAGAACACACUUUACCGAUAGCAUACCAGUGACCUCCCUGGCAAGACAGCAACAAUCUCUCAGCGACCUACCGCUCGAGCGAAGACAAAUCUCGCCACGGAAUCAUGUUCGAGAAGCCAGUUCUCAGGAUACAGUCCUAUACCUUGGAUACGGCUCCAAUCUCAGUGCAGAAACAUUUCGUGGAAAACGAAACAUAAAGCCGUUAUCGCAGGUUAAUGUGGUGGUGCCUACAUUGUCCUUGACCUUCGACUUACCUGGAAUUCCGUACUCUGAACCAUGUUUUGGCAAUGUUCGCUAUCGAAAUGCUGCUGCAACCGAAAAUGGCUCUGGUAACCUGGGAACGGAGGAUUAUCAUAAAGACCGUUGGCCCAAAGGCCUUGUGGGGGUGGUGUACGAAGUGACGAGAGAAGACUACAUACACAUUAUUGCUACCGAAGGAGGCGGCUCCGGUUAUCAAGAUGUUUUGGUGGAUUGCUUUGCACUAAGUGGUGACGCGACAGAAGACGUACCAUGGAAACCAUCUGGCCAACCGUUCAAAGCCCAUACACUGCUUGCUCCGACAAAUGUGUCCAGACCAGACCACUCAUACGCUCAACCCAGUCCCAGAUAUCUAAAAUUGAUCACUGAUGGGGCAGCUGAGCAUGCACUUCCCCUCGAGUAUCAAGCAUUUCUACAUCAAAUUCGAUCAUACCACUUCACAACAACAAAGCAGAGACUGGGAUCAUUCAUAUUCUUGGCUAUAUGGUCUCCUUUCCUCCUCUUUAUAUUCGGUGGGGCAGGAAUGUUCCUUCGACCGGACGGAACCUAUCCGAAAUGGUUGGCCACAUUUCUGCGUGCUAUGUUUACUGCAUGCUGGGCAAGUUAUGAUGAUUUCUUCAAGAAGACCUUUGGGGAUGGAGAAAGGACUGUUGGUGAUAGUAAGGAAAAUGAGUCUGAUUGCAUCAUUACUGAGAAAGAACCAUUAAUCGAGCAAGUCCACCACAAAUAUGGCGCUGUGAACGUUGUGGAACGGAUAGUAUGA